AUGAAGCACACUAUUAUAGCAUUUUUUGUGUUGCUUAUAAUUUCAUGUGCAAAUUGUGGUCAAAUCCAUGAAAAUUUUAUUGAGUGCAUGUCAACUCAAUUCAAUGCCUAUACUAAAUCUUUUGAUAUCAUCUUCACUCCUGAUUCUCCUCUUUAUUCAUCUCUAUUGCGAUCAACUCAGCAAAAUUUGAGAUGGGUAAACUCCACCAGAUCAAAUAAUAAGCCUCUUCUCAUCAUCACACCAUUCCAUGAAUCUGAAAUCCAAGCAUCCAUACUUUGCAGUCAAAAGCUUGGCUUACAAGUUAGGGUUAGAAGUGGUGGCCAUGACUAUGAAGGCUUAUCUUAUCAGUGUCGGACACCAUUUCUCAUUAUCGAUCUCUUUAAUCUUCGAGCGAUAGAAGUUGAUCUCGAAGAUGAAACAGCUUGGGUGCAGUCUGGAGCGACCCUGGGUGAACUUUACUAUGCUAUUAGCAAGAAAAGUAGAGUUCAUGGAUUCCCAGCAGGGUUGUGCCCUACUGUUGGAGUUGGCGGACAUAUCAGUGGAGGAGGGUUCGGCACCAUGGUUAGGAAAUAUGGGCUUGCAGCUGAUAACGUUGUUGAUGCUUACUUGAUUGAUGUUAAUGGAAGAAUCCUCGACAGAGAAACAAUGGGAGAAGACGUGUUUUGGGCUAUCAGAGGAGGUGGUGGAGCAAGUUUUGGAGUGAUUCUAUCCUGGAAAAUAACUCUGGUUAAAGUUCCGUCGAAAGUGACUGUUUUCUCCGUUCCGAAAACAGUAGAACAAGGUGGUAUCGAGCUUAUCCAUAAAUGGCAACACAUUGCGGAUAAACUAAAUGAAGAUCUCUUCAUCAGAGUCAUCAUUCAAAACAUUGUAGGUGAUAAGACAACAAAACCAGACACAUUUCAAAUCAUAUUCAACUCGCUAUUUCUCGGCGGAGCCGAUAUAUUACUAAUGAUGGUCAGUUCGAGUUUCCCCGAGUUGGGGCUGAAAGGUGAAGAUUGUACAGAAAUGAGUUGGAUUGAAUCUGCUGUCUAUUUUGCAGGAUACCCAACAGGAAGUCCUAUAGAGGUCUUACUUGACAAGACACAGUUGUACAUAGCAAGCUUCAAAGCGAAAUCCGACUUUGUGACAGAACCUAUACCUGAAGGCGGACUCCAAGGAAUCCGAAAGAGAUUGCUAGAAGAACAGAUAGGAUUCGUGAUAAUGGACCCUUACGGUGGAAGAAUGAAUGAAAUUUCAGAAUCAGAAAUUGCCUUCCCACAUCGGAAAGGUAAUUUGUAUAACAUACAGUACAUGGUGAAGUGGGCAGAGAAUGUAGACAGGGAAACAAAGAGGCAUGUGAAGUGGAUCAGAUCCUUACAUAGGUACAUGGAGCCCUAUGUUUCCAAGUCUCCAAGGGCUGCCUAUCUUAACUACAGGGACCUUGACUUAGGUACCAAUAAAGAUGCUAAUGCAAGCUACCUGGAGGCGAGAGUUUGGGGUUUGAAAUACUUCAAAGGAAAUUUCAAGAGGUUAGUCCAAGUGAAAAGAAAGGUUGAUCCCGACAACUUUUUCAGGAACGAGCAGAGUAUUCCCUCGCAAUUUUCAUAGAUGAAAAUGGAAACAAGAAAAGCUUGGCUCUAACAUAGCAAACACAAGAACCAGCAAACUGAAAAUU